CUUUCGUGACCUUUACCGGGAGGCAGAGCUCGGAGUCCCUAAUUUCUCGUGCUGCUGUGGCCCGGACAUGGCGACUCCCGGCCCUGUGAUUCCGGAGGUUCCCUUUGAACCAUCGAAGCCUCCAGUCAUUGAGGGGCUUAGCCCCACUGUUCACAGGGUUCCAGAGACUUUCAAGGAAAAGUUCCUUCGCAAGACCCGCGAGAACCCGGUGGUACCCAUAGGUUGCCUGGCCACAGUGGCCGCCCUCACCUACGGCCUCUACUCCUUCUACCGGGGCAACAGCCGGCGCUCUCAGCUCAUGAUGCGCACCCGGAUCGCCGCCCAGGGUUUCACGGUCACAGCCCUCUUGCUGGGCCUAGCUGUCACCGCUAUGAAAUCUCGACCCUGAGCCCAAGGUCUGGUCUUGAAAGCUCCGCAGAAAUGAUUCCAAAACCCAGGAGCAACCACUGGUCCUACCAUGGGACUUACUCCCUCCUCUCCUCUGAGAGGCCCAUGUGUCGUUGGGGGAGGAAGUGACCCUUUGUGCAACCGUAACUGAAAGUUUUUCAGAAAUCCUAGAUUGUUGUUUGAAUGUUACAUACUUCUAUUUGUGCCACAUCUCCCCUCUACUCCCCUGCUUAAUAAACUCUAAAAAUCCACUUGUA